AUGUCGCGGUCUCUGUCGAGAUACUGCUGGCCUCGCUACUCCUCCAAAGCGCACCAGCGCGAGGGCCGCACGGCGCUGUUUUCCUCCACCUCGCAGCCGGUUUCUGCCUCGCAGUCGCCGUCCAGACAGUUCAAUGGGGGUUCUGCCACGUCGCCCCAAGACGACCCGUAUUUGAACGGCAAGUCCACGUCUCCGUACGACGGGUCGGAACACAAAAAGAAGGACUACAACGCGUCGCUAAUGUCGCAAUUGGAGUCCCAGAACGACGAAACAGUGGGGAACCUCGGAUCAAAAAUAGCAGCACUGAAAAGCCUGUCUUUGAUGAUGGGAGACGAAAUUAAUAAAAGCAAGCUCAACUUAUCGGCCCUGGGUGGAGACAUGGACCAGACAAGAAACAGAAUUAGAACUAACUUCAAUAAGAUGGUCAUAAUGGCCGAUAAAACAGGAAUCAGCUGGAAAAUCUGGCUCCUUUUCUUUACCCUGGUGUUCUGGUUCUUCAUGUGGGUAUGGUUGGCAUAA